AGUGGCUUCUGUGCCCCGCCUUGCGGGUGGUUUGCUAGUUUCGAGCAUUUUGUGAGUAUGGGGUGAGUAGCGGACGCCGGUUGGGGGUCCGCCUUCCACUGUGGGGUUAAAUCUCAUCCCGCGGCUCUCCUCCUAUCGGUCCUGCAGUUCUUUUGUCCCCUGGUAGAGGAAUCUUCUGCAGAAAUAGCGCUGGAAGCUAGAGUGAGUGAGGCCUGAGGUACUGCCUUGGCCCAGGAUGGCUAGAGAAUUAAGUGAAAGCACAGCCCUGGAUGCCCAGCCUACAGAAGACCAGAUGGAGCUUCUGGUCAUAAAGGUGGAGGAAGAAGAGGCCGGUUUUCCCAGUAGCCCAGAUCUGGGCUCUGAGGGCUCCCGCGAGCGCUUCCGAGGCUUCCGCUACCCGGAGGCUGCAGGUCCCCGCGAGGCGCUGAGCCGGCUCCGAGAGCUCUGCCGACAGUGGCUGCAGCCUGAGAUGCACAGCAAGGAGCAGAUCCUGGAGCUGCUGGUGCUGGAGCAGUUCCUGACCAUCCUGCCAGGGAAACUGCAGAGCUGGGUGCGGGAGCAGCAUCCAGAGAGCGGGGAGGAGGUGGUGGUGCUGUUGGAGUAUUUGGAGAGGCAGCUGGAUGAGCCGGCGCCGCAGGUUUCAGGUGUUGACCAGGGGCAAGAACUGCUCUGUUGCAAGAUGGCAUUGUUGACACCAGCCCCAGAGUCACAAAGUAGCCAAUUUCAGCUAAUGAAGGCUCUGCUCAAGCAUGAAUCUCUGGGAUGCCAGCCCUUACAAGACAGAGUUCUCCAGGUCCCUGUGCUUGCCCAUGGAAGGUGCUGCAGAGAAGAUACAGUGGUAGCUUCUAGGCUUGCUCCAGAGUCCCAGGGGUUGCUGAAAGUGGAAGAUGUGGCCCUGACUGUCACCCCUGAAUGGACACAGCAGGAUUCAUCUCAGGGGAAUCGCUGUAGAGAUGAAAAGCAGGAGAACCAUGGCAGCCUGGUCUCCCUGGGUGGUGAAAAACAGACUAAGGGCAGGGACUUGCCUCCAGCCGAGAAGCUUCAAGAAAAGGAGCAUGGGAAGAUAUCGUGCCACCUGAGGGAAGACAUUGUCCAGAUUCCUACAUGUGCAGAAGCUGGUGAACAGGAGGGCAGGUUACAAAGAAAGCAGAAAAAUGCCACAGGAGGGAGGCGGCACAUCUGCCAUGAAUGUGGAAAGAGUUUUGCUCAAAGCUCAGGCCUGAGUAAACACAGGAGAAUCCACACUGGUGAGAAACCCUACGAAUGUGAGGAGUGUGGCAAGGCCUUCAUUGGGAGCUCUGCCCUCGUCAUUCAUCAGAGAGUCCACACUGGUGAGAAGCCAUAUGAGUGUGAAGAAUGUGGUAAGGCCUUCAGUCACAGCUCAGACCUUAUCAAGCACCAGAGAACCCACACUGGGGAGAAGCCCUAUGAGUGUGAUGACUGUGGGAAGACCUUCAGCCAGAGCUGCAGCCUCCUUGAACAUCACAGAAUCCACACUGGGGAGAAGCCAUAUCAGUGCAGUAUGUGUGGCAAAGCCUUUAGGCGAAGUUCACAUCUCCUGAGACAUCAGAGGAUCCAUAUUGGGGAUAAAAAUGUUCAGGAACCUGAGCAGGGAGAGGCCUGGAAAAGUAGGAUGGAAAGCCAGUUGGAAAAUGUUGAAACUCCCAUGUCUUAUAAAUGUAAUGAGUGUGAAAGAAGUUUCACUCAGAAUACAGGCCUCAUUGAACAUCAAAAAAUCCACACCGGUGAGAAACCCUAUCAGUGUAAUGCAUGUGGAAAAGCCUUCACCCGAAUUUCAUACCUUGUUCAACAUCAGAGAAGCCACGUAGGGAGAAACAUCCUAUCACAGUGACCCAUGCCAUACAUGCCAGAGUUGGUGCUCAUUUGUCACUGAUCUGAAGCCACUCCCCCUGGAGUCUCGACUAUAGGAAUUGUGGGCUGGGCUUUAUUUACCACUACCCAUUAUCAGGUGUUAGAAAAUAUAGACUGGGUUAGACAAAUUAUCUUCUAAGUUCUAGAAGGUGUUUGGAAUCAAAACAUAUUUGAUAGGAGGCUAUGGGAGAGUUGUCUAGAAUAGGUAAGACCUGAAAUGGUUUGUUCUCUCCCAUUGGAAUUAAAUGGAUGUUUAGACUGGCUACUUGCCCUAAACCAGCACUUUGUGGUGUCUGUUGGGUGGAUGGUUGUGAUUUGGGGGCUGCUUCUCUGACCAUUCUUUUUGACUGUAAUGAAUCCUCCACAGUUGGUCAGAUUCACAAAGGCUUAUAUCCCCCUCUGUGCCUUUUCCACAGGUGCUAAUAAAUGUUUAUUGAAUGUA